CUUCUACCUACACACCUGGAUGGACAUUGGAGGAUAUUCGGCCUACCCACUACUGGCGAGAGGGAAAUUUGCCAACUGGCGCCAAGUGUAUAUAUUGCCGGAAAUCGUGUUGGAGUGCCGAAUGUCUUGCAGGAUGGAAAUGUGAAUGGUGUGGAUUUGCGGUUCAUUCCAUGGGUUACAAAUCAGUAAUCCCGAAUGCAAUUACGGGGUCCUUGCGCCAAGUCUUCUUCCACCGCACGCCGUUAGUAAUAACUGCCAUACAGUGGCAUUGGAAACGCUGAUAGGAUCACAGCCAAGGAGGAGAGAAACAGCAUCACCCCGGAGCAUUUCAGAAGAUUUUUCCAGCGGUGGUGGUGGUGAAGCUGCCAAUAAAUCAUUCCGUGAAACUGAUGAUAACUAUAGUCAAAGCCGAGAACGAGAUCGAUCAAGGGAACGCGAUGACCGCGAUGAAGAAUUGAUUAAAGUGUACGAUGGGAUCGCUUCGUUUCGCCACCAUAGCUACAAACUGAUCUCCGUUCCCCGACACACCAGUGUUGAACAACUAGUCGCAGCUGCUAUGUGGGCAUUUCACCUGACAGGAGAUCCUGGAGACUAUUAUCUUACAGAUCUGUGCGGAAAUUCCGAGAAGGAAAUUGAGGAGCCCUACCCGAUACCCUUACUGACACGAGUAGACGGGAGGAAGCCAGCCCUAUUACUCCGUUUUCGGGAAUCAACCGAUUCUGGUUGGGUCCGCGUUCAUGCUGGAAGAUUACAGGUGUCUGAAUCUCCCAAGCUUGUACCGGUUAGCAGUGGUACCAGCGCUGCUAGUCUGCUCAGCGAAUCACUGCCCCUCUUCGGGUUGGAAUCUGCAAACCCAGAAGAUUUUUCUGUUACGGAAAUCAUCAUGCACAAAGGAGUUUCGGAACGAGUUCUUUCUCGGGACGAAAUUCCAUGGGAAUCGCUAAAGCAAAUAGGCCGAGAAUCUCUUCGUCAGAUGCAACGCACUCGGUUUUACCUUCAACCGAAAGAAGUUCCAUGCAGUGAAAACCUGGCUGUGUUUGUUAGCAAUUUGCCGUUUAACCUUUCUCAGCGUCAGUAUGAGAAGAUUCUCCUUGACAUUCUCGGGAAAGAUAAUAAAUACUCUUCAAUCGGACCAAUUUAUUAUGAGUAUGGUUCAAUGGUGUUAACCUAUCAGAAUUUCGAUGAUGCCAUACAAGCUUGCUAUAUUUUGAAAGAUGCAACCUAUGAGGAACGCAGCCUAUCAGCCGCUUUGUUGCCAAAUAUUAUACCUCAGCUGAUUCCUCCCGAAGUUCAACCUCUUUUGGUUUUUGUAAACGUGAAAUCGGGUGGAUGUCAAGGCCUUGAACUAGUCACAAGCUUUCGUAAGCUUCUCAAUCCAUAUCAAGUUUACGAUCUGGAUAUUGGUGGACCUUUGCCGGGCCUUUACGUGUUUCGACACGUUAAGGAUUACCGUAUUCUGGUAUGUGGGGGUGACGGCACCAUCGGAUGGGUUCUACAGUGUCUCGACAACGUCGGCCAAGACAGUGAAUGCUCUUCACCGCCUUGUGCUAUUGUUCCACUUGGUACAGGAAAUGAUUUAGCCCGUGUUCUCCGCUGGGGAUCAGGUUAUACUGGAGGAGAAGAUCCCCUAAAUCUGUUACGAGAUGUCAUAGAAGCCGAAGAAAUUCGACUUGAUAGAUGGACCGUGGUUUUUCAUCCAUCAGACGAGAAACUAUUUGAGGACGGUAAAGGUGGCUGUGGAACAGGGGGAGUCAUGUCAACAUCGACAGCCAUUUCCAACGAGGAUAACACCCAAAUAUUUGUUAUGAACAACUAUUUUGGAAUUGGAAUCGACGCCGACCUUUGCUUGGAUUUUCACAAUGCGCGAGAAGAAAAUCCCAAUAAAUUCAAUAGCCGUUUACAUAACAAGGGUGUGUACGUCAAGAUGGGUAUACGAAAAAUGAUGGGACGCAAAAUGUGCAAAGACAUGCACAAGGAAAUCCGGUUGGAGGUGGACGGAAAAUUAGUGGACCUACCCCCUGUCGAAGGCAUUAUCAUUCUGAACAUUUUAAGUUGGGGAUCUGGUGCGAACCCAUGGGGCUUUGAACGUGACGACCAGUUCUCAGUGCCAAAUCAUUGGGAUGGCAUGCUGGAAGUUGUAGGCGUUACUGGCGUUCUCCAUUUGGGUCAGAUUCAGUCGGGACUACGCUCUGCUAUAAGAAUUGCACAGGGUGGGCAUAUCCGUAUACGUAUGAACAGUGAACUACCAAUUCAAGUAGAUGGUGAACCUUGGAUUCAAUGUGCUGGCGAAAUAGUUGUACUGAAAUCAGCAUUGAAGGCUACCAUGUUAAAAAAGAAGAAAGGAAACAUCCCAAGUAGCAAUGUGGGUCACAGCGGCAAUCAUACUGUUGGAAACAGCAAAAUCCGUUGUCCUGCAGUGAUUCCAGCAGCAUCUGAGUUGGACAACAGUGGCUUCGACGAAUCUCAAACUACCCCGGGUAACAAAACACAGAUCUAUUCAACGACCGUGAUGUGAAAAUUUGAGGUCGAAGCCAAUCUCACCUCAAAACGUAUUGAAAUUUUCUUUCUAUCACGGAAGAGAGUAGCACAACCCACUUUCCUGUGGGGCUCUCAAAAUCGCCGGCAAUAGGUAACCACGGAUUUUUUCAAAGAUAAAAAAAAAAAAAAAGAUGAAAAUUUGAUCUUGUUCAACAUUGCACCGUACGGUAGAUCUUCUCAUCCCCAUCACACAGUUUUUUCCCUCCUUCACAUGUUUAUUUAAUUUCCAGUUUCAACUGUCCCUGCUUCCCUUGAAAAAAAAAAGAACGUGCAUAAAAAAGGUAAAAUCGUGCCAUGCCUCUUUCUUUGCUAGUUCGCCUUUCAUGUUUCCGUUUUUUUAACCAGUCAACGUACUCUUUUUAUAUGUUCCGUUUAUAGCAGUUAUGUUGCGUAUGUCUUAAAACGUAUUUAAGAAAUUUCCCAUUCCAUUACCUAGCUCCUAUAAAAGUAUCCAGUAAAUUUAAAACAACUCAAUUUUAAAACGAGGCCGGAACAGAUUUCAGAACUACAAAAAAAAAAAAAAAAAAAAAAAAAAACAAAAACAAAAACAAAAAAAGUUUAGCCCAUGUUGAGGACUGUUACUUGAUUGCGAUGGGUGCACGAUUGUUUUGUUGUUGAUUUAUGAUUAUUUAUAUCAUAUAUAUAUACACAAAAUGUAUAUAUGUAUCUGCUGUGCAGGAAAUUUUCUUAAAGGUAAUGAAUGAAGUUCAAGCUGUAAGUCUGCAACAAGAAACUCCUCACUAUGGGGAUAUUAGCGAAUUGGUUAGCUGGAACCAAUUUUCACUUUGAUUUGGAGCAAAGGUUUCCAGGUUUUUACUGAACAUAGUCUAGUCAAAUAAAUUCGAGUUGUCUUACUUAAUAGUGUUAUGGGUCACAAAGUUAUUAAGCUUCUCGUCCAAUGCUAUAUUCAAUUGUCGCUAGGUAAUUAGAUGUUUUCUGUAUUCCUGGUCGUUUGAAAUCUACGUUUUCAUUGAAUGUUUUCUGGCCCCUUACUUUUUCUUUUCUUAUCAAUAUGGUGGUGUUUGAUGAUCAUCGGAGAUCAUCACCAAUCAUUGAACCUCGUAAUGAAAAUAUUGUUCAGACAGGAAAUCCAGUAGGUUUCUGAAUGGAUUGUCCCUAAUGCCGAUUAUCUCGCUUUUCGUAAAAUAAAAAAAGGCAUGGAACUUUCA